ACUAAAACUUGCCAAUGUCAGUUGCAUUCAUGGAAUGCAACUCUGACAUUUUCAAAAAAACCGCAUAAUUUUAAAGCAUUUGUACUUUUUCAAGCGGUGCCACCUCCUACAAAUGAUGAGCAGUAUCCAACGUUGGCACCGAAGCCUGUCCCCGCCCCAACAACGCCCUCUAUAAGACCGAUUUACCCGUUGCCGGAAGAAAACCUAUUCAGUAAGUUCAAAUCCGAGAGCAUAAAGAAUGUCAGUUACCUUGCAACGACCAACCACUAUUGGACUUUCUCCACCAACUCCAAGUGGAUCACGGACCAAGCGCCGAUAAAAAAUUUUCUCACCAAAUCGCUUUAUGAACGUUUUGAUUCGUUAUCCAUGGAUAAUGUUGCCGCAAAGAUCAAAGAUGACUUUGGAAAGACACCGGGUAGUCUGUUUACACCGUUGGAUACAAUGGAUGGAUUCGUUGGUACGGGACAAAUUGCAAAAGGCCUUUUUCCUGAAGACACUCCAAGCGUUCGACUUACUCGUCAGUCAGGCACAAUGUGCUUUAAAUUGGUGCCCGAUCUGGGCGCAGAAAGACCCUAUUUUAGGGCCUGCAUCACCGACCCAGAGAAAUCUGACCGAUUUGAGAUAUUUCUCACGCCUAUACCAACACCGCCUCCGCCCACUGACCACAGAGUGGAUUACUCGAGGCUGGUUGACGAGUACCAGCCGAGGAGCUGGUUCCAUCUGCCCACCAAUCCCUACUACACAACCGCGGACGGAUAUUUUGAGUUAAACACAGAACCAAACAGCGGGAAUGGAUGUCGUGAUGUGAAACUGCUCGGCAACAAUUGUCGUAGUCGCGGUUCCUACAAACUUGAUACAAUUAAUGCCUAUUGCAAGCUGAAGAAUAGCCUAAAAACGACAUGUCCCGGUAAUUUUUCAAUGUGUCAAAGUGGCUUCUCCAUUGGGGCGUGGAUAUCCGUGCCUUCAACACUCAAUGCAAAUAAAAAGCCAAUGUCGCUUUUUGAAGUUGCUGGAUAUAUUAAAGUGGCGCUCUUUGGUGAUUUUCUUCACCUUCUAGUUUUUGACGGAAGGUCUUGGAGGGCCACUAGAAUCAUUGAAGCGGUUACUCGUGGCACAGUCUUCAACGUGGGUUUCUCCAUCUCCGAAGCCAAUCAUUUGGCCUCAGGUUUUAUCAAUGGUCUUUCUGUGCAAACCAUGAUCUUUGCCUCGCAAAAACCUGACAAAACGAAUACACAUGGAGAAGUGCAUGAUGGUGACAUCAUUUUAGGCAGCAAAGAUGUAGGCUGGAGCGCUGAGGGCGUUGCUGUUGGCGACUUGGUCUAUUGGAACCGAAUUACGCUCCCGCAUGAAGGCCAUCGUUUUGUCGGAUACACAGCUUCUCAGGUGCAACUGCUGUCAAAUGCAAAUCAUUACUGGUCAACUGAUGCCUACGUGCUUCACGAUGCACCGUGCAGACUAGCCUUUGAAAGAAAGCGGCAACAGAUGUUAACUUCUGAUGAGAGCAUUCCGAACUACAGACUCGCCUCCAUCUACAAGCCCGUGGGACUUCAGCCGGUGCGCUACAUACUCGACCAAGACAAGCGAAGUCUUGCUCCAAUCCUUUCAAUGCGCAAAAAUGAUUACUUUAUGCUUGGUCGAAGGAAGCAAGCAGUGCCUACUCAGGCCGAUUUGGAGUGGCUCGAUCAUUGUCUUCACGCACCUUCAAAACAGACUUGUGGAGUUAAAGGAGUCACCCUCUCCAUUUGGCUGUCCUUGCAGUCCGUGAGCGAUUCACGCAUCCGCUACAUUUUCAACUCUGGAAAUCCCGGGACCAGUGAGAUUUCUGCCGUCAGAGACGGUCAUGGAUGGGCAAUCUUUACACGUAGAGCACUUCUUGGGGCGUCAGUUUCUACAACCGCUGGCGACUGGACCCUCCUACUUGAUUCGAAAAGCUAUAAACUUGGUCAAUGGUUGAAUCUUGGCAUUACAUGGAACACCAACGUUGGAUUGAAACUCUUCGUCAAUGGCAUUGAUUUAAACAUGCCUCCAACGAAGCCAAAGACGCAUGCCAAGGGGUAUGAAGCUCCACCACACCUUCUUGUUGGUCGAUUUGAUACGGACGACUUGAGUUCUUGCCUUACCCCGGCUGAGGCGGAGGCUGAGACCCACGACUAUUCGUUAACGGGGAUUCCGGUCUUCUGGGAGAUGGCACAUUUCGCGUUAUCUGAGGUGGCUUACAUUGACAAGUACAUGACACCACACGAAUAUGCACUAAAUUUUGGUUUCCUUGGUAAUGAGAUGAUUCAAAAAAAUAGUAAACACGUUUGGUAUGGCGCUGAGUUGUUGGAUCCAAGUAUUGCCGACCUUUUACUGGCCAGUCAAAUGAAUAUACCUCGACAAUCUGGACCGUAUGCAAUGCAUAAUGCGAGCACAUUAUCAGUGCAGUAUGAGGAGGACAGACGAGUGGUCAUUUUGGAUCAAACAAAUAUGCUGCGAUUGGGUCCAUUGAGUCCGGUCGCGUGUCCAGGAAAUGCGUCCGAAUGCACGAACGGAUUUACGAUUGGUGGCUGGUAUUCCCUCAUCCCUGAUGUCGAUGGAAUGGCUCAUGCAAAUUUUUCGUCUCCACUGGUUCUGCUGACGGGAAAUGGGGGUAAAAUGGGAAUUGCGCUGACGGAUGGUGGAUACCGCAUCACUGGCUGGAUGUGUGAUGUCGCCUGUUCUGGCCCCUCAGAGGUUCUAAUCGCCACCUCUCACCACAAUCAGUGGUUCCAUGUGGCCCUCUCCUGGCUCGAUAAUGAGAUCUACCUAUUUCUAAACGGCAAUCGCAUUUCCAAGUGUGUGAAUACCUCAGAAACCAAAAAGAUAGGAGAGAAAAUCUUUAGCACAACUGGAACAAAUCCAGCCUACCUUGCUGUUGUUGCACCUCCACACCAAGACAUCGGUUACCGACUGGCUGUGGCCAUCGUUAACAUUUGGGAUACCUGUGUAGACUCUGAGUUCAACAUUGGAGAUUUUAUGGGUCUGUCGAGAGCACAGAAAAAUUAUUUCUCGAGAUCGACGAUCUACUGGCCAAUGUCUGGACUACUUACCCACCUUGCACCCAGUCGAAUAAUUACUUCAGAUAUUGAAAGAGCAAAGGACAUGAGAAAUGUCGAAGGAGGAGCUUUGUGCACCAAAUCUACACACGGAUCUUACAUAGUUCUUACCGGUGAUCAUAGACCUGGAGGGAAUUACUCAAACCUCUACUACUCUUGCCUUUAUGAUGCUAAUCAGUGUCAUGAGCUCCUCCUCAUUGUCAAUUUUCGUUUGAAUGCUGAGCUAAAAAUGGAAGAUCAGGAAUUUGUCAUCCUCAAAACGCCUCCAGAAGGUAACGCAGCGGGAAUUGAGAUCUCCAUCAAUCCGAUGAAAGAAAUGUUAAAGCUGACACGUCGCAAAACAAAAUCAAAGUGCAGCCUCUCUGUAAACUUAGGCUCGGCAAUAAAUACAUUAAAGGAGUGGACCAAUCUACAAGUCAGUUUCUCUGAUCAAGACCUCAGACUGUAUUUAAAUGAAGAAUUUGUAUCGGUA